AUGUUCAUGGCCUACGAGGGGGCCGUCAAGAACACGGAAUCAGGGACAGACCUGUCGGAAGCGACAAAAGACAACAUCGACCUCGCGUUGCACUACGAGAAAUGCGUCACAAGAUGGCACAGCCCACUGUGCGGCUGCCACAGCUGUGACAGCGAUGGGCUCGCCCUCACUGGCCAUCAGUCACUUGUGCUGCGGCUUGUGUGA